AUGGCGGAUGGCCGAGGUGGGACCGCUGCUAUUGCCCCCCGCCGGCUGGAUGAAUCGCCGCGAGGUGACCGCGGCAGUGGCGGGGGCGAGGGUGAAGGCGUGGCCGUUGACGAGGUGCCAGCAAAGGGAGUCGGAGUGCGUGCGCCUGGCCCCGUGGCGGACUCCGUUGCGGACGGGGAGCUGCUGCCUGAAGUAUUCAGCACCGUGGACUGGGCGUCAGCGGAGCGACUCGGGUUCCCGCCGAGCCCCAACGUGGAGGUGCGAGCCGCGGAGAUGGCCGCGGUGCCUUUGCUGCGGCUGUCGGCGCAGCGGUGCGAGAAGCACUGGCAGAGCUCCUCCCGGGGCCUGCCAUUGCUUACCAACGCGACCACCAAGGUGACGGAGUUCAUGCAGCAGGCGGUGUGGCACCACGGUAUUCCACGGCACCUGCGCAGUGUGAUAUGGCUGACGCUCUCUGGUGUUGCGGCGAAGAUGGAUGAGAAUCGGGGUUUCUGUCGAGCACUACUAAAGCGCCACGGGUACGUGCGUGGUGAGUACGCCGAGGCCAUUGAGAAGGAUCUGCAUCGUACGUUUCCCGAGCAUCUAUAUUUUGCCGAGGAUGGAGUGGGGCUUCGAAAGGCACGGAACGUUCUGCAUGCCCUUUGCUGGCGCAACCCACUGCUGAACUAUUGUCAGUCCUUCAACUACCUUGUCGCCCUCCUUCUGCUUGUGACGGAUGAUGAGGAAAGCACCUUCUGGCUCAUGUGUCACUUGCUAGAGAACCUGCUACCCAAUGACUUGUACUCGGAGACACUGAUAGGGACCAAGGUGGAUCAACUUGUACUGCAGAAGCUCCUCCGGGAGCGUCUCCCGCGUCUUGCACGGCACUUUUCGGCGGUGCACUUUGAGGUUGGGACGCUGAUGUCGGCGUGGGUCAUGGUGCUGUUCAUCAAUGUCUUCCCCGUGGAGACGGUGCUGCGUGUGUGGGAUUGCCUCUUCGCCGGUGGGAGCCACGCCUGUGAACCCUCCUGUAUGCCGCUUGAAGUUGUUCUGGCCGUGUUACAGCUGCACCAAAGCGAUCUGCUGCGUUGCGACGAUGCGGGAGAUGUCAUCACGUGUCUGGGCCACGCUGCAAGGCGCUUGUUUGACGCGGACAAACUCGUCCGGACGAGCCGGGCGGUGCGGCUCUUACCGUGGACGUUGCGGGAAAUGCGUCGAAGCGCGAGGCCGGCGGUGGUGGAGGACCACCACAUACGAGAAAAGCGGCGGCAGGAGCUGCUUGAGAGGUGUCGGUUAGCAGAGGAAGAGAAGAUGUCCCGCGGCGGAGUGCGCCACCUCCGGGGACGUGAGAGCGCGCAGGAGUUCAAAGCGGGAACGGCGGCGGAGGGCCCGCAAGGGAUGACCGCGGCGCCUGUGUCAGGGCAUCACCGGGCCGCCUCUGCGCCGCCGCCGACGGAGCCCCAUCAAAGGGAGUACCGUGACUACUUCGCCGGGACGGGGUUUGCCGAGGAGAUUGCCGUGAAUGCGUGGCAUCGUCUCAAGGAAGCCAACUGCCGCCUGGAAAAAGCGUGGGAGGGGCUGGGGGACGAAGCCGAACCCUCCGUGGCGCCUGCGUCUCUUGUGGGGCCCACACGGUGGUGUAGAAAGGAGGAUAGUGCCGGGCAUGAAAUGGAGAGCCUCCGCGCAAGAAGCAGGGAUCAAGAGGGGGCAAGUGCACCCUCCGUGCACAUGUGCGAUGUAAAAGGAGAGCACGAGCGGUAG